UUAAAACUUGCGUUAUGUGCCCUGACGUAAACUCAGGCUUAUUAAUUGCGAUUCACUCUCAUUUCGUGUUAGUCACGAUGAAGUUAUGCGCAACAUGAUGGCGUAGGUGCUUUGGACACUUGACUAAAAUGAACUCAGAAUCACCAUCACACAAAUAAUGCCAGCAAAGUUCUCGUUCCUUUCACAGGCCAGUCGGCUCUUAGUCGUCUCGAGCUUCUUCGCUGCUCUUGCGACAGUGUGCAUGCAGGUUGCUUUCGACCAGUCUGGGGUAUACCAUUCUGCUCUGCGAUUGCUUAUGCUUGUUGUUGGCGUGUCGAGCAACGCUGUGAUGUGGAAAUUCUUUCUUAGCGCAAACGCAGAUGCAGAUAGCAGCACCGGCGUCUCAGCCGUCGCUCUAGGCUUGAAUACAUUUUUCUCAGCCCUUUUAUCCAAGGGAGUGCCGAGAGCAGCAUAUACAAAAACGCGCGAGUUCACUUCAGACUCUUUUAGCGGCCAACAUCAAAACGAAAUACGAUUCUCAACCAUGUUUGAACGAUUGGGUGCUUUUUCUUCUCUACAACUCGAACGAAGUCCUUUCUGGGACCGCGAGAACCUAUGCUUUCUUACGGGGAUAUUUCUGAUUCUUCUGGGAGUUGGGCUACUAUCGCCACCAGAUGACGGCGAACUCGCAGCUCCGGAAACGGCAUCGGAAAUGAAAGAGAUGUCGACCAGUGUGGCGAGAAAGAGAAGAGCCACUAUAAAUCCAGACGCACAGAUUCGUGCCCGAGAAAAAAGUAGAGAUCUUAACAAGCGUGUUAGCUCGUUGGCUAGAAGAAAACGAAAAAAAUCUAAUGGAUGAUGGAUUCAGCACGACCAUCAAGCAGGUAGAAGGAAGUAGAUGUGUUGACAUCAGAAGGGCGAGCACGUCAGCC